GAGUGGGGAAAAAUUAUUAAUACAGAUUUAUUGUAUUGAAAUUCGAACGCGGAAGUUGUUUUGUUUUCUUCCCAUAAACAGUUUUUUUAUUUAAAAAAGGGAUGUAAUGCCCUUAGUUUAAUUAAAUAUUUCAUCUGCUAGCUAAAAGCACAAAUAAUGGCUUCCAGAGGGGAUAAGCCAAGUGGAAAUGGCGAGGAGCAGAUUGUUGAGACCCUGGCGGAGGUUUUUCGAUGCUUCAUAUGCAUGGAAAAGCUGGUGGAUGCCCACCUAUGCCCCCACUGCUCUAAACUCUGCUGUUAUGCUUGCGUCCGUCGCUGGCUGAUCGAGCAGAGGCCGCAAUGCCCUCACUGUCGCGCGGCCCUACACCUUCACGAGCUGGUGAACUGCAGAUGGGUGGAGGAGGUCACCCAGCAGAUAGAGAGCAUGCAAACUGGUACACCAGGCCAAAGGGAACCUUUCCGUGAUAGAUGCUCUACCCACCAUGAGAAACUAACAGUAUACUGCUGGACAUGCCGACGUUGCAUAUGUCACCAGUGUGCGUUGUGGGGAGGAAACCAUUCGGGGCACACAUUCAAGCCUCUGGAAGAGGUGUAUGAGACUCACCUGACUCAGAUAAGAGAUGAGGUGUCUCAGCUACGACGGAGACUGUUAGAGCUUAUCAGUCUUGUACAAGAUGUGGAGCGCAAUGUUGAGUCUGUACGUGCUGCCAAAGAUGAGAGAGUGAGAGAGAUAAGAAAUGCAGUGGAGCUGAUGAUAUCUCGUCUGGACUCUGCUCUCAAAGCCAAACUUCUCACCCUGAUGGCACAGAAGAACAGCCUGACCCAAGAAACAGAGCAGUUGGAGCAUUUGCUGCAAGAAAUUGAACACCAGUUGCAUGUUUGUACCAGAUCAGAGUUGAUAGCUAAAACAGGAGAGCUAUCUAAGAUGAUCCAUCAGAUACGGAAGAAGCCCAUGGCCAGCUUUGUGACUGCACCAGUACCGGCUGAUUUCCAUAGCGAAAUCGUCCCAUCGUACGACAGCAGCACAUUCCCGCUGGCUGGCUUCACGCAACUGCAGCAUGCCGCCGCGCCCGUCUACUCCGCGCCGCUGCACGUCAACGGCCUGUGCUGGCGGCUGAAGGUCUACCCGGACGGCAACGGAGUUGUCCGGGGCAACUACCUCUCCGUCUUCCUGGAGCUCAGUGCCGGCCUGCCUGAAAACUCCAACAUGGCGUCGUUCAGAAUAGGGAAGAGGUAUGAGUACCGUGUGGAGAUGCUGCAUCAGGUCUCGCGGGAUCCCUCCAAGAACAUCGUGAGGGAGUUCGCGUCCGACUUCGAGGUGGGGGAAUGCUGGGGCUACAACCGCUUCUUCCGCCUGGACCUGCUGGCCAGCGAGGGGUACCUCAACCCUGACACUGAUACGCUCAUACUGAGGUUCCAAGUUCGUCCGCCGACGUUCUACCAGCGCUGCCGCGACCAGCAGUGGUACAUCAACCAGCUCGUCACGCUGCAGAACCAGCACAUACUGCAGAUCAACGAUCUCAAGGAGCGUCUAUCGCUGGAGAUGUCACGCAACUCUAUAACGGCGACUCGCGCGUCGCCACAGGCGGCCGAGGAGGGGCCCGCGCAGGACAACCCCGUCGACGCCGACCCGCCCCUCUACAGCGCGCUCAAGUUUGCGCCGCACGCCAGCGGCUCGCGACUCACUAGCCCCAGCGGUGCCGGCGCGGCGUGCACGAGCGGCGCGGAGGAGGCAUGUGCAGGCGCGGGGGCGUGUCGGCCGUGCGAGUACCUGCUCGCGCCCGACCGCCGCCAUCUGCAGCACGCGGUCGACGCGCCGCACUCGCCGCACGCGUCGCACUCGCUGACGUCGCCGCACGCGUCGCAUACGCACGCGAUUGCACACACGCCAUCCACCUCUAGCAGGUCGAGUAUGUCGAUGUCCGGCGGCGCGGGCGUGGACACGAUGGCGCUGGUGAGCCUGCACAGCCUGCUGAGCGGCCGCGCGCCCCGCCCCCGCCGCGACCGACACGCCCCGCCCACCGCGCCGCAGAUCACUGCAGCAUCCAGUUCGCCGGUAGCGGAGGCGGCUUGCGCGUCGGCGUCGUCGCCGGAGUUGCGCGCGGCGGUGGCGAGCGUGGCGGAGAGCGACGCGUGCGCGGGCCCGUGCGCUGGCGUGUGCGUCGACCGCCCCAAGACCGACGCCUCCCCGCCCGCCGCCUCUGAGGCCAGCAGUGACACUGGGGAUCUCCUGUUCAAUGACCUUGACGCGUUCGUAGACGACUCUCACCCCGGCCACCCGGACGACCACUCCAAUGAGGAGAACGACGUUGACGAGGAGGAAAUGUCUGGCGAGAACGACAUAGAGGGCGCGUGCGGCGGCGCCGGCGGAGAGGACUUCCUGUGCAAGCUGCUGUGCGCCGUGCACGGGCACGCCCAGACAGACUCCGCCGCCCACAGCUCAGCGGGCGCGUCUCGGCUGGAUGACCCGCAGUUGUCCACGGCGGCGCACACCGACAUGCUGCUCCUCAACCUCAUGCGCAUCAACGGCCUCACGCCCAAGUGCUCGCUCAAUAAGAAAGGACCGAAGCGCGCCUGGUCGAGUUCUCAGCCGAGUGCGGAGUGCGGACGGCGGCGGCGCCAGGUGCGCGCACCCCCCGCCCCCCGCGCGCCCCGCCCACCGCUCUCGCCCGGUCAGCUGCGCCGCGAGCCCGCACCGCAUGCGUCCUCGGCUCGCUCGAUGGCAUCACGUUUGGCACUGCUGGCGACGCCGCCGGGAACGCCGGAGCGGCGCUCACUGUCGCCGGGCGCCACCGCGUCGGGCCUGUCUCCCGCGUCGGGCCUGUCCCCCGCACCGGCCGCGUCCACGUCGGUCCUGUCUAACACGUCGGUCCUGUCCGGCCGCGACAUGUACUGGGCCACCGGUGGACCGGACGCCGACGACGUCGAGGUCAUGCUCGACUACAACGAUACUCUGUUCGACAUGCUGCUGAACAGUCUUUCCCUGGAGGGCGGGGAGGACGAGGCACCGCCGGUGCAGCCGUGGUCGCCGGCGCGCGAGCCCGCCUCGCCUGACCGCCCGCCGCGCGCGCCUACACGCGACUGACCGCGCCCGCGCCGCGAGUACCAGCACUAGCUCCUCUCGCGCCGCGCUCCGCCCCCCGCACACCGCUCAGCCCCUCCCCCCCACUACCCGCAUUUCACCCCCUCAGCCGCUCACCCCACCUAGCGAGCGAAACGAGCUCGUUCGUUGAUAAGGCUGAUUUUACAGUGACACGUACCGUCCGCGCAGAUGGUAAGCGCGGCUCGCAAGCACGCGGUUGACCUGCUCGAAACUAUAAAACGAGUUCAGUGCCACGCGGUUUGCCACCUCGUACAGUCGCAAUGAGCAAAAGCGCGACCAAAACACCGUUCGCGCGAGUGCGCCUUCCGCGCAUCCGGGCGGUUUAUUUUACUAUGUAACGAUCUAAGGCACUCAAAGCUCGUGGACCGCGACGCUUACCAAUCGCGCUGGCAGACGCGUCAUUAUAAAACCACACUAAGAGCAUAAGUAGUUGAUCAAACGAUGAAAUAUGUAAGACCAAGUUUGUUAAUAUUGAAAGUAUUAUAAGGCUGUGCUCGUUGUCGUCAAAAACUUGCAUUUGAACAUUCAUUCUAUCAUACUGUGUUAUUUCAUGUUCCUUCAUUACGCAAUUCUUUUCUGUGACGAAAUCCACGAUGUCGUUUAUGACAAUUUUGAGUACCAGUGAUUUGUUUUCAAAGGCCUAAAGGUGUGCUUGGAUACACAAUUCUAAAGUCAUAAAUCCCUCCAUCCAUCAAUUCAAUGUCGCCAACAUUUAGUUGCAACGCUUGACCCCAGGACCCCGAUGUGAAUGACGAUUACAUUUUGUUGAUGAAUGAGAUUUGUCAAUGUUAAAUCGGUGUCUAUAAUAAUCACAUUGUUGUUUCUCUACGUGUUAACGAAUUUAACGUUUUAGCUGUUGUAAAAUCCUAUAAAUUAAUCCGAAUUUGAUGAAAAUUUCAGUGAAUUUAAUUUGAGAAAUUUAGAUUUUAAA